GUUUUGAUAUGACGUAAAUACAGCUGGUUGAAACGACAUUUAAACGCAAUAAAUUAUACAAAAUCUUUUGAUUCUUUUCAAUUUUGCAUCUUUAUAAUUAUAAUAGUUAUCUAAAGUAUUCUACGAUGUCCUAUGCUUAUUUGUUUAAAUACAUAAUAAUAGGAGAUACGGGUGUAGGAAAAUCAUGCCUCCUUCUACAGUUCACAGAUAAACGUUUUCAGCCUGUUCAUGAUCUCACAAUUGGAGUUGAAUUUGGUGCACGAAUGAUAACUAUUGAUGGAAAACAAAUAAAACUUCAAAUUUGGGAUACAGCGGGUCAGGAAGCCUUCAGAUCAAUUACUCGUUCCUACUAUCGAGGAGCAGCUGGUGCUUUGCUGGUAUAUGAUAUAACCAGAAGAGAAACUUUCAAUCACUUAACAACAUGGCUGGAAGAUGCUAGACAACAUUCAAAUUCAAAUAUGGUGAUCAUGUUAAUUGGAAAUAAGAGUGAUUUGGAUUCACGAAGAGAAGUCAAAAAAGAAGAAGGUGAGGCCUUUGCUAGGGAGCAUGGUUUAGUUUUUAUGGAAACAUCUGCAAAAACUGCAGCUAAUGUUGAAGAAGCCUUUAUAAAUACUGCAAAAGAGAUUUAUGAAAAGAUUCAAGAGGGAGUCUUUGACAUAAAUAAUGAGGCAAAUGGAAUCAAAAUUGGUCCACAACAUUCUCCAACAAAUCCAAGUCAUCCUGGUUCUGGUGGGCCUGCUGGAUCUCAAGCUGGUGGUUGUUGCUAGGCUUCAGGGGGCCCCUGUCUCUCAUGCAUCUAGAGUGAGGGUGUGCCCCACAAACUGACUGCAUUGAACUGCGGAUAUAUUUUACAUGGAUAUAUAAAAUUAAUGUUUUCAAAUAUGUACUAAUUAAGUAUCUUCAGUUUUGUUUGGUUUGAGUCUAUUUUUAUUCAUUUUAAUCAGAAGUUCAUAUAUGUCAAUCAGCUUGCUAAAUGAGUUGUUUAUGAAAACAACUUAAUUGUUUGUCAGCACAAUUGAAUAUUGUUUUAAACUGAAAAUUUGAUAUCACUAUUUUUACAGA